AUGGGAUUGGGGGCGAUUGAUAAUUUCGGCGCCGUGGCCAAUCGAGUUAACUGGUCACUAACUGCCGUUGCUAUUUUUAUCGUUGGACUUCGCCUCGUCUGUCGAGCAACCUUCUCUCGGGGCACCUUUGGCCGUCUCGGCCUCGAUGACCUGAUUACUUUCAUUUGUCUCGUUAUCCUUAUCCUCAGCUGCGUUUUUGCUAGCAUUGGCAUAAACUACGGCUUGGGGCAGCAUGAAGAUACCCUUGACGCUCGAAAUUUAAAAGAAGCUGUCAAAUGGAACGUCAUCAUCAACGCCGUCCUUAUCUGGUCCUUUUCUCUUCCUAAAUUCGCCAUCGUCGCCAUCCUCAAACGCAUUCUCGAUUAUGGAACCAAGACGACUAUUCUGUUCUGGGGUCUCGCCCUCACUAGCCAGGCCUGCUUUCUUGCUACGUCGGUAUGGUGGUUUGCUCAGUGCACUCCCGUGGCUUAUCAGUGGGACAAGUCUAUUGAGGGGACAUGUGCGUCUACAGAUGUUUUGACAAAGUUGGCAUUCGCGACGUCGGCGUUUUCAGCCUUCCUUGACCUAUUUUUUGCGCUCUAUCCCGUCCCCUUUAUCAUGAGGCUCAACAUGCCUCUGCGAAAUCGAAUCGCCGUUUGCUUCGCUUUUGGACUCAGUGCUUUGGCAUGUGCCGUGUCAGUCUACAAACUUGCGGUUUUCGAGUCUGUCUUUGACAUGAUGGCAAAGGACCGGACAUAUUCAGUUCCCUAUCUCGAUAUAUUUGGUGUUGCCGAGGGGGCCUUGCUCAUCAUCGGUGCAUCACUACCCACACUGGGUCCUCUCUUCCGAGUCAUCAAGUGCAAGGUCACGACGUACGCAAGUAACCACAGCGCAUCUCAUCCUUCGGGCGAUCGCAGCCAGAACAAUCCUGGAGCCCAUAGCAACAGCUGGCUGCACAAGCGGGGCCACCACACAUUCGACGACGAGGAGAAUGUCUCGACGACAGGGAUGCACUCCAGUGUUGAUGACAUUCCCCUCGUUUCCACAGCGAGACCAGUCGCGAGAUAUCGUGAAGAUCCCUUCAAGGAUGGAAUGUCCAUCGAUAAACCGGAGGGGUACUAA